AGAUAAUAUGAUCUAUGAUAAUAUAAAUAAAUAUAAUGUGUCAAAUAAUGCUGAUUAUCUCAUUAAAGAUAAUGAAAUGAUGAAUUAUAAUCAGAUGGGUUAUAUUAACAAGAAUGUGAAAGAAGAAAAUAUGAACAAUUUUAAUGAGGGGGAUUAUUAUUUUAUUAAAGGAAAAAUGGGAAAUAUAGAAAAUAUGAAUAAUUUGGAAUAUAUGGAAUAUAAUAAUAUAAUGAAUAGUAACAAUAACAAUACUAAUAUUAGUAAGAAGAGAAGAUCUAAAAAGAAAGAUAAUGUUGUUAAAGAGGAUAUAAAGACAGAAAAUAAAUUAUAUGAAAUGAAAGAUGGAAAUACAAAUAGAAAAAGGAGAAAUAGUUAUAUGAGUGAUGAAAAAAGAAAAGAAAGAAAAUCAACUAUAUAUGAUAAUAAAAUGAUACCAAAUAAUGAUAAUAAUAAUAAUAUUAAUGUGGAUAAUAAUUUUAUGCAUACUAAUUAUGAAUAUAUAAACAACAACAGCAACAAUAAUAAUAAUAAUAAUAAUAAUAGUAAUAAUAAUAUGUAUUUAUCUAACAAUUUAAAUAAUAUGAAUUAUAAAAACUAUACAAAUGAUGUAGAUAACAUUUCAUAUGUAAAUGAAUCUCUAAGUAAUAAUGAUCAACAUUAUAAUAUGCAUAAUUUAAUAAAUACUAAUGGUGAUAAUCUUUAUGCUAUGAAUAAUAUGAAUAUGGGUUUUUUAAAAAAUCAUACAAAUGAGGAUACAAACAUAGAACAAGGUGAAGCAUAUCUUAAUAAUAUUAAUCAAGCAUAUGAUAGUCAAAAUAAUAAUAAUAAUACGACAAAUGGUACUACUACUACUACAAAUAAUAAUAGUAAUGAUAAUAAUAAUAAUAAUAAUAGUAAUGGUAAUAAUAAUAAUAAUAAUAGUAA